AAUCAUUUCAGCUGCCACGUGUCAUUCUUUCGUUUGUCCGUUUGGGCGGCCUCUCUCCUAUAUAAAGCGAUGUCCUCCCUAGGAUUUCUUCACUUGCAAAUCUUCGAUUUAAAAAACCGCCCGGAUGCUUCUUCCUCGAGUCAUGUCUGACCACGAAGACAGCCAGAACCCUUCCGCCCAUUCUUACGGUUCUGGUGACCGGGCUCAGACCUCCGGUUCCUCCUCUUCUUCAUCCUCUGAUUCUGAGCGCCCGGCUACUUCUCCACAGAAGAAGCCGGUUGAUGCUUCCACUUGUGGUCCUUCUUCUUCCGUGGCGCAAGUGAUCUCGGUUGCCCAACCUGGGGAUGAGGGCUUCGUUCUGCUGGACGACCGGUUGCUUCAAACGCAAUCGUCGGUCAUGCAGAAGGCCCAGGUCCACGAGGUGCGCAACCUGAUGCCGGACGGGUACCAAUUAACUUACCGGGCAACGUGUAAGAGCAUUAUUCCUCUCCACGCCGGUACGUCGAUUGGUAUCCAUUACCACUCAAUCAAGGACCUGGGCGAAUUCUCCAUUCACCCAUUCAAAGUCUUUUUCCUUGAAACAUACGGUAUCAUGCCCGGGCAGCUGGCCCCUAAUGGUCACCGUUUGUUGGGCAGCUUCAUCAAUGUCUGCCGGUUCCUUCGUAUUGCUUUUUCCCUUCGUCUCUUUGACCACAUGUUCGAUGUCCGGCCCGGGUCCAAGGAGACCCUUGGAUUCGUGGUGGUGUCUUCUCACCAAGGUCGGGCAUUUCUCUGUGGCCUUCCUCCCUCCAACAAGAGGUGGAAGGACAAAUACGUCUGCAUCAAAUUCCCCCCGGCUGCCUUUCCUUUUGCCCAAAAUGUCUGGGGGGAAAGAAUGAAGCGCCAGGUCAAACCAACAGAGGCCGAUGACCUGGUUGUCUGGGAAACCACUCUCCGGGCCGGGGAUGCCUCCACUCGCGGUCUUUACCAUGUCGGGAAGUGGAGCGUCUACCCCGGCCGGGAGACUGACCCUGAGCCGGAGAUUGUCGUGACUGGGGUGAUCCCCGAAGCCAUCCCCAUCAGCCGGGCGAGGGGAUCCAAAGCCCUGGCCGCAGCCACUGCCGGUCCUUCACGCCCGGCGAAGAAGAAGAAGGAGAAAGAUACCCUGGAGUUCGACCAGCUGAUGGAGGCUGGUCAAGCAAACCAGCUGGCCGAGGGAGGCCACGAAGAAGAGGAGGCUGCUGAAGAGUCCCUUAAGAGGAAGAGGCGGAAGACUGAAGUAGUCGACCAGCCGGCUCAUCAAGCGGCCCAGUCCUCCGAUGCCGGCAAAAGGCAAAGCCAGCCCCGGUCUAUGGCUCUAAUGUCUAGAUCGGACGAAGAGCUCCUCCAAGCCUUUCGCGCCGACCUGACUGAGGUCGGUCGGAUUGGUGAGGAGUACUUCACCCGGCUGGUGAAGUCAAGGGACGAGGAAAAGGCCCAGAUGGAGGCCAUGAUGGUCGAAUGCCGGAAGGAGGCUAAGGCCGCUUUUGAGAAGGCGGCGAAGGCGGAGGAGAAGCUGAUGGACCAUUGUGCGGUCUACCGUCAGCUGUAUGCGAAGCAUGACGGUCUCCUCAAGGCCGCGAAGGAGGCCGAUGAGCAAGCUCAGGCAAAGAUCCAACAGCUUGAGGCCGAGAACGCCCGGUCGGCUGAGGAAAUUGCCCGGCUCGGAGACGAGCUGGAGAAAGAGCGCUCGGAAAGGGCUCCUCUUGCUGCUGCCUGGGCUGUCCAAGCGCCCGAGGAGUUUACUGCCCAAGCACUUCCUGAACGGGGGACUGCCAUCCGCUUCUUCCAAGGUUUAUACAAGCACGAAGUCUCGGCCGGGAUCAUCGACGAGAUCGGAACCUACGGUUUCGAAAGCGGUCAGUAUGAUGAACGGCGGGCUCUAUAUGGUAUCCUUGAGCAGCGGAUUCAAGGUUUUCAGCCCAAGGCUCUUUCUCUGCCUGAGCUGCAUGAUGAGGCACCGGUCGCGCCUUUCCCGGGCAUCUGAUUUCCCAGCCUUUUUUACUUUAUCUUUUUUUUUGUUUACUUCCCGUGUGUAAUGAUCUGCCUUUGGGCACUUUUGUAAGACACUUAAAUAUUAUUGCAAGUGUUUUUCUCCUAUAUUCUCUUCAACUUAAGAUUUUUAACCGUUUGGAUUAGUAAAUACAGCCCGGCCGCAUUUAUCCGGUUUAAAAUACAAUUUUACCCAAGGCUUUUCGAAAGGCUGGGUGGUCGACCGGGAAGACUUUGAGUUUCAAUAAUUUUCUUCCGGACGG